GAUUCAACUCACCACUUGAUUACCAGCAUAAGUGCAGGAAACUCCAAACAUGGGUGAGAAGGAUGAAAAGAUAACAAAAAAGCAGAAAUUCCUAAAGUGAAGCAGGAUUUCUACCAAUAGGUGUUUUACUGCGUAUUUUACCAAGUAGUAUGGUGGGGGUGCUGUGCACUGGCCCCCAUUUGUGAUUGGCCCCUCCUUCGAGUAGAGAGGGGCCAGUCACUCAUUCACUGUGGUAUGCAGAGUUUACCGCGAAGGGAAGAGGAAUACAUGUGGACUUGACCGAAUCAGACCCUCGUUUAGAUGCAGAGGGAUCAUAGAGUGACAACAGGAGCUUGCAAUCACCUGAGGAGAAGAUCUUAAACAUCGGUUCGUUUUUUUUUUUUAUAUAACACUGAGACUAAAAGGAAAGGAAUCCCUGCGACUGGAGCCGGGAGAAGCCAUGGCUGAGGGGCCACGUUGGUCUGGGGGGAAAAAGGACCCAAGCAACGAAAGGUUUUAUAUCACUGAAGAUGGGUUCGAUUUCACAUCGCCAUUUUCAAGGAGGUUGCACUAAAACCGAGGAAGAGGAAGGACAUGGCAUUGAGGAAGAUACACAGUCGUUCCACGGUGUCGGUGUGUGUAAAUGGUUCAAUGUGCGGAUGGGUUUUGGCUUCUUGUCCAUGAACAGUCGAGAGGGAGAGCCACUUGAAGCUCCAGUCGACGUGUUUGUCCACCAGAGUAAGUUACACAUGGAAGGGUUUAGGAGUCUGAAGGAAGGCGAGGAGGUUGAGUUCAGUUUUAAAAAGUCUUCCAAGGGCCUGGAGUCUGUGCGUGUGACAGGACCUGGAGGAGCACACUGUAUAGGCAGUGAAAAGAGACCCAAAGGCAAGAGCGCCCAGAAACGUCGCUCCAAAGGAGACCGGUGCUACAAUUGUGGAGGUUUAGACCACCAUGCAAAAGAGUGCAAGCUGCCUCCUCAGCCAAAAAAGUGUCAUUUCUGCCAGAGCGUCUCGCACAUGGUUGCCAACUGCCCAGUUAAAGUCCAGCAGUCUUCACCAGGUUCUCAGGAAACACCUUUGAAGGGAGAGGAAGAGGUACAGAAUUAUUCCCCUCCACCCACGGAGAUCACCAAAUGAGACGAGUGCACAGAGGAGGUUGGGAUGGAGCUGACAAGCCAAUCAUGCCACUACAUAUAAAAAUAAUCAGUUCCUACUUAUGCUGCUCUAGAACUACCUCUGAUUAAAAGAGAAAUGUACGGUUUUGUUUUUGGUGUACCCCUCAGGUAUAGAAUUCUUAUACUCAGGAAUUUUCACAGUGCUUUAUUGUAUCUCUGUGAUUAGUUUUCUACAUGCUUUGAUAAUGAGAAUGUGACAUUUGACUGUAUGACAAAGAGCAGAGGCUGUGGAGACACUACUCUGUCAAGAAUGUGUAUUUCAGGGAUAUUUAUGGUGAGGUUUAGUAACUGAGUUGAAGUAUGUUUACAAUCAACUGACCUCACCACCUGGGGCCAAAUGAAUGUUACGUUGGCAUGGCUUGCCAGUGAUGCUUGUUUCUUUUAUCCCUGUUAAGUUAUAGUUUAUUAUUUUGAUUAAUUUCAUUGAUUGCUUAAAAAAUAGUACAAAUUCAAAUUAAGUUGGCAUCAACUGCUACUUCUCUUCUACUGUCUGUGCUAUCAAUGUUUUCUUGACAGUUUAUUUUCUAAGAGUUUAUUCAUUUGAUGAAGUGUGUCUAAUUCAUUACAGACAUUGCCGCAUUUCUUCAGUUGCCAGACUACUUUAGGAAGAAGAGGUACAAGCAGAUCUAGCCUUAAUAGUCUUUAAAUGUAGAAGGUAGAACACUUUCUUAUACAUUUAAUAUAUACUAUAUAUGUUAAACUAUAAGAAGCCAUAUUAAAAUUACUCCUAAAUAUUUAUUACUAUGGCUUCUCCUCAAAUAUCUUUACCUUUGCAUUGUUUUUUAUUAUACACAUUCACAGUCUUAUUUAUGAAAUUUAAUGUUUAAUUUACAGACUGAUAAUUCUACUAUGCACAUUUAUGUUAGAUUGGGGCAAUGAGUUUUGUGAACUUUAUUUACUGAUAUCAGUGCAAGUCUGCACUAAUCAGACGGGUUAUAUUUACCAUGUUAUGGUUAUUUUACUGUUGCUGUUAUUUUAACAUUGUUUUUAUUAUUAUUUUACUGAUUUGCGAGCAAUAACCAAUGGUAUUUGUUAAUCAACCAUAAACCUGAAAAUCUCAGGGACUGCAUAAGAUUGUCAGAUGUUUAAGUACAUUUAGUAGUAGAGGAAUCCAGUGAUGCAUGCUAGAGAAUCACAUUAGCUUUAUUGAAUUGUAACAUAACAAUCAUCAUAUAACCCUAUGUUGAUACAAUUUUUUGUUACUAUUUUUUACGCAAAUUCUUUUGAAUAUGGGUUUACCAACAAUCAUUCUAUUAUAAAAACAUUUAAGUAAACAAAUUUUAUUUUGUAAAA